AUGUUUCGUCAGAGUGUUAGGCGCUUUGGUACCACGGCCAUUCGUGCCGCUGCUAAUGAGGGUCGCGCCGCAUACACCUCUCGGGUGUCCACUGCACAGGGCGUUACCAAUGGCUUAACGGAAGCAAUUGGAAACACUCCUUUGAUUCGGUUAAAGCGCCUUUCCGAAGAAACCGGUUGCAAUGUGCUGGGCAAGGCAGAAUUCCAAAACCCUGGCGGUAGUGUGAAGGAUCGGGCUGCCCUGUUUGUCGUCGAGGACGCCGAGAAGAAGGGACUACUCCAGCCCGGCGGUACCGUUGUCGAGGGUACUGCAGGAAACACCGGUAUUGGUCUGGCACAUGUGUGUCGGUCCAAGGGCUAUAAGCUCGUGAUUUACAUGCCCAACACACAGUCCCAGGGCAAGAUUGACCUGCUCCGUCUUUUGGGUGCCGAGGUGUACCCGGUCCCUGUCGCGCCAUUCGACAACCCCGCAAAUUUCAACCACCAAGCACGCAGACAUGCAGAGUCUCUAGAUAACGCAGUCUGGACCAACCAGUUCGACAACGUCGCCAAUCGCCAAUCACACAUCGAGACCACUGGUCCUGAAAUCUGGGCGCAAACUGGCGGUAAGCUUGACGCUUUCACUUGCUCUACCGGCACUGGUGGUACUUUGGCCGGUAUCACUCGCUAUUUGAAGGACGCCAGUAACGGCCGUGUUAAAAGUUUCCUCGCCGAUCCACCUGGCAGUGUUUUACACAGCUACAUCCAGAGCGGUGGUACAUUGAUCGACCGCUCUGGUGGCAGCAUCACUGAGGGUAUUGGGCAGGGUCGUGUGACGGACAACCUUAAGCCUGAUCUUGACCUUAUUGACGACUCUCUGCACAUAAGUGACGAAAAGACUAUUGAGAUGGUCUAUCGCUGUCUGGACGAAGAAGGUCUCUACUUGGGUGCCAGCUCUGCUCUCAAUGUUGUCGCCGCCAAGGAAGUUGCGGAGAAGAUGGGCAAGGGCAACACUGUUGUGACCGUUUUGUGCGAUGGUGCAUACCGAUACGCCGACCGAUUGUUCUCUAGCACAUGGCUGGAAAGUAAGAACCUUCGUGGUUCCAUCCCCAAACAUCUGGAGAAGUAUAUUGUGUUGCCUUAA